AUGUGGAGGCAGAGCCAAUACUUGCUCAAGUCAGCACAGAGCCGCUGCGAGGCAGCGGCGGCAAGGCACGGCGGCGAAAGCACCAUCGCCGGGCAGUCUCGGGGUGGCGUGGAGGGCCACUCGAGCUCUGCCGGCGGUGCGGCCGCCGCUCACGGACACGCGACGCGAGGAGGCAUCGCCGAGGGCGUCGACGAGGCGCUCGACGAGGCGCGGCCGCGGGACGGGUCUUCUCGGAGCCGCGAAGGCGCCGCUGCAGGCGGCGGCGGCGAGAGCGGUUCAGAGGACGAGGGUUCAGAGGACGAGGGUUCAGAGGACGAGGGUUCAGAGGACGAGGGUUCAGAUGAGUAA